CGACAGACCAAGGAGAGCUUCUGCCCCAUACUGUAACUAUAUUCCUCGCUCGGCUGUUGACUUUCUGCGGAACUCAGCAGAGAAAGCGCGCUAACAAGUGCUUCCUGCCGGCAGCUCGGGACGGGGUGAGAGGUCAGCGGUAAGAGAGGCUUGCUCCCAGAGACGCGGCUCCGUGAGCCGCCGCAGCCCGCUACAAUGUGACCCCGGCCGCCGUCGCCGCCGCUGCUGCAGCUGCCUGGCUGCCGUCACUGUGCCAUCAGCGUGCGGGGCGGUGCGGGCGGGCAGGCAGGCAGGCGGGCGCAGCCGGGCCCCCUCUCGCCAGUCCGUCGCUCCGGGAGGCAGGUAGGCUGUCUUAUCGCUGCACUGACGGGGGAAAAAGCGACACUGGUUAGGAGCGGGGGAUCCCGGGACAUUGUGUUGAAAACUACAGUUUGCUCUGGGCAUCACAAGGACACCUCUGCCGGGAUGGAGUGCUGUUCCGAGGAGCCCCGCUACACCAUCGAGCAGAUCGACCUCCUGCAGCGCCUGCGGUGGUCGGGGAUGUCCAAGCCGCAGAUCCUGCACGCGCUCGAAUCGCUGGAGCGCCUCGACUCCGAGCAGAGCCACAAGCCCCCGCAGCCGCGCCCCCCCUGCUACGACAACCACAGCGGCAGCACCUUCGAGCCCACGGCCGCCGCCUCCUCCUCCUCCUCCUCUUCCUUGUCCUCCUUCACCUCGGCUACCACCCAGACCCAGAGCCUGGCCGCCUCCCCAUCACCUAGCAACAGCUACGAAGCCUCCCCACCUCCCCUGUACCCUGCCGGUGGGGGUCAGAGGUCUUUCAGCUAUGACCUUGCGGAGGACAUGGGGGACUGGGAUGUAGAGGAGAAAGUGGAGGAGUAUAUGAGGAGGGACAGCAACGUGGUGAAGGAGGAGAUUAAAGUGUUCCUCAACAACAGGAGGAUCUCCCAGGCCAUUGUGGGUCAGGUCACAGGUAAAACUCCAAAAGGCAUCAGUCAGAGCUAUAUCUCCCAGUGGCUGCUGCAGCAGGGCCUGGAGAUGAGCGACCCCAAGAGGAGAGCGUUCUACCGCUGGUACCUGCUGGAGCGCAACAGCCCAGGAGCCACCCUGUCCCUGCGCCCGCUGGUGAAGGAGGAGCCCGAGUGGCGGCCCAGCAGCAGCCCCGGGGGAGGCGGGGCCGGGGGCGGGCUGCUGAGGCUGCGCAGGGGGAGUCGCUUCACCUGGAGGAAGGAGUGCCUGUCCGUCAUGGAGAGUUUCUUCAUAGAGAACCAGUAUCCUGACGAGUCAAAGAGGGAGGAGAUAGCCAGCGCCUGCAACACCGUCAUCCAGAAACCAGGCUGCAAGCUCUCCGAGUUUGAGCGGGUCACAGCUCUCAAAGUGUACAACUGGUUCGCAAACCGCCGCAAGGAGAUGAAGAGACGGGCGAAUAUCGAAGCUGCUAUCCUUGAGAGCCAUGGUAUUGAAGUCCAGAGCCCGAGCUGCCACUCCAAUGCAGAUGAGAUUGAGGGCCCAGAGUUUAAUGAGCAGGAAGUCUUCCCCUCCAGGAAGGAUGCUGACCAGGAGCCGGUCUCGUUGGCUGUCGAGGCAGAAGCGCUCCCGAGCCCUGCAGCCCUGCGGGCGUCCAGCCAGAAGGCCGAUUUGAAGACGGAGGCAGCCGACGAGGAGUGACAGGAAGAGGGCCAGUCGCUUUGGCAAACCCAGGGUGCAGCCCCUUCCUGCAGAGACCCGAAACUCCUGCCUUCACCAUGUCAGAGGGUGGCGGGGCGGGGCGGGCGCCCGCGGCGUGAGGAAUUUCCCCCGGGGGGUGCAGGGGGACAGGGGCGAGACCCACCAUAUGUAACUACGAUAAUCAUACUAAUAGUAACGGCAACCGUAACCAAUAUUAAUCGCAACGUAGUGUCUUCUGGGAUCGCCUGGAAAGGGGAGGGAGCCGUGGCGCGAGGUUGGGGAUCGCAGAAGAGGCAGCUCAGCUUGCAGCGCCUUCGCGACCACUUUCCGUUCCCCGUUUUACCGCUCUGUAAAUGCGACGGCUUAGCGUGCACUGCAGAAUCCCGGCGGCCCUGCCGCUGGCUCGAACCGUCAACAGGAAGCAAAGCAAGAUGCCUGUCUGCAGGGGGGGGCAGCGUGUGCGCCGAGGAGAAGGCUUGAGCGCAGUCUGUGGGGGCAGCCCUCAGGGUUGAGGGGCAGCCAGUCUGUUCCACCAGGAAUGCAGCCUCUCUGGUAAUGGCAGGAUAGGACACUGAGUGGAGAUGCAAUCUCAGGCACCGUUGUCUUUGUGGACAGGCCGAGCAAGAGAGUUAAAACCCACAAAGUUGAGAUCACCCUGGUGGUAAAACAUUGGUUGGCUAAUAGAACAUAUGUAAUGGAGAAUGCACUGUACUUAUAGUGUAUUAUAUGUGGUGCUACUCUCUGUAUAAGAAACAUUUCCCCUCUCACUUUGACACCUGCUGAAUCCAACGUGUUGUCUUGGAAUGACACCUCCUGCCCGGUGUAAGAGAAAUAGCUAUGCUGUGUGCGGAGCGAACGAGGAGAGUUUGUGGGUAGCCAGCUUCGGGUUUUGUCAUACAGUGUAGGAUCAUCCUUUUUUCCCAGUAGAUUAUUAGGCUCUAAGGGAUGUUGCUUAAAACAAAGCAGGUCAGAAGUACCAGCAAAAGUGUUUCAGGUGCAACUGUAUUAUAGUAGGGUUGCAUAUUACCCAGUAUUCUAACUGACAGCUGUAUUGUCCUACACCUAGGGUUUUGCAUUGGAUAUGACUCACCUCACAUUUUCAGACAACUGAUUUAGACCAUUUUUAACUUCAUUCUAUUCAACAGUCAGUCACCCAGGAAACCUGGUAUAUAAAUGCUUUCACGGGCUGAUCUCUCCUGAACAGGUGGGGAUGUGUAUCUCUUUGUAUGUUUGAAUUAUCAGAGGGAUAGACGAAUUUUUAACAGAUGGGAACCCGUAAGGAUGUAGGGUACAAGGAGCCGCAAAGCUUUUAUGGUGCGAGUCUGUUCUGCAGUGCGUGCCUCUGUGGAUUUGAUUAACAAGGGAAUAGACAGCAGUUGCCGGAAUCUGCUUCCCGUUGAUCAGCAGUAAUAUCUUGAGGUAGCCUGAUGUAAUGCUUCUGCUUGAUUUAAGCAAAAAUAAAUAAGAAAAAAUAAAACUCAUGCAGUUCA